AUCAGCCAUUCACAUGCACACAUGUAUAAAUAUGUCCAGAUCACCAUGUGGAGCGGAGCUUUUAACACUCCAAUCUAGAUUCUGUGCUUGAACUCAAACAGAGAGAGAGACAGAUGGGGAGAAAACCAUGCUGUGAUAAAGAAGGGCUGAACAAGGGAGCAUGGUCUGCUUGGGAAGAUAAAGCCCUUGCUAACUACAUUAACACUCACGGAGAAGGAAAAUGGAGGGACCUUCCACCAAGAGCGGGGUUAAACCGCUGUGGGAAGAGUUGCAGAUUGCGUUGGCUGAAUUAUCUUAGGCCUGAUAUUAAGAGAGGCAACAUUUCCCCUGAAGAAGAGGAGCUCAUUGUUAGACUUCAUAAGCUUCUUGGAAACAGGUGGUCACUCAUUGCUGGAAGGUUGCCGGGACGAACAGACAAUGAAAUCAAGAACUACUGGAACACCAAUUUGAGCAAGAGGUCAGAGCAAGGAAGUGACAAGGCUCAUCAGGAUCAACGGAGUUCUAGCACUAGUUCGAAAGACGACACGAAAAAAUCGAAUAAUCCGGCAUCAAAGUCUUCUGUCCAGGUGAUCCGUACGAAAGCAUUUAAGUGCAGGAAGGUUGCCAUCCCCUCACAUUUGGAUGGCCAUGAUCAAAUGCUUGAAAGAUCGAACGUGGCUCCUGUUUCCGACAGCGAAAGCCCGUGUUCUUCAGCGGCUCAGGAGCAUGAUUCUUCGUUUGGUUUUCUGAGGGAUUUUGAUAUCAAUGACAUGCUCAUACCGGAUGUGCUGAGUUCUGAUUUCCAACAAGCACAAAUCAACGACUGUGAUCAGGACAUGUUGGAGUGUGGAAUUACCAAGAUUGAAGAUUUAUUGAUGGGUGAAGCAAGGUUGGGAGAAUGGAGAGCUGGUGAUGAGGAUCAAGAUGACCCACUUCAACCAAAUGAUGAUGAUCAUGGAGAUGUGGACGGCUUCAAUGCACUUUCGUCUUUUCUGAAUUCAGUAGAUAAUGAUCAGUGGAUCAUUAGUUAAAAUCAAGCUAGCUCCUCUAGCUUUGCACUUUGCAAAACUUUCCAAAUCUGUUGUACUGAAUAAAAACAUUCCAUUACUGAGAUGAAAUUUGUUAGUUUGUAGUUGAACAUUGUUGUCAAUCAUUUGGAGACGUACGUAUGUUUUGCUAUGACCAACUUCAGUAUGUAUUGAAGGCAAGUUU